AAAUAUGGGUGUCGAACAACGAAUUUUGAUUCCAUAUUCUCUUCAAGGACAGCUAAAUUGUCCCGUUUGUUUGCACAAUCACCUAUCAUACGAACUCAAACUCGAUUUACGUACCAAUCUCGGCCAUGACUUGGGAUGCCUCGUUCUCUCCACUAUUCCCGGAAAAUGACAUUGGAAGUAGGAUGAUGCCACACUUGGCCUCUCCACCUUUGGACACAAUCCAUCUGCCGAUGGAAGUGGAACAGCAACACAUCGGUCAUUCGUUUAACUUGGAUCGAAAACUACGUUUGGAAAAGAACAUCCUUCCCCUAGAGAAAUUUGCCAGAGGAUCUCCAUAUCUUGAUACCAAGGAUUUUCAUGACCUUUGCCAUGAUCCAUUCUCCCGAGUCAUUGGAAGGGAUACUGCCGGUGUUGAAAGUUUCUACGACCAUGCUUGCACUGGUGCAUUCAAUUAUCCAUCGCCGUCGUCCUAUGGAGUAGCCGCUUUGGAUGUUUCUUCCAUAUCUGGGACUGAGCGGUCCCCUAGUCCACGGGCCGUAGCAUUUGGAUAUUCACCCCCUUGUUCCGUGGAUGCUGGUACGAGUUUUCCCAGAUUCUGGAGUGCUAGUGGUGAUGCUGUUGGAUACGGCUCUGUUAAGCCGCGCGAUGUUCACCAUGAUGCAAUGUAUGCGGAACCGGUAAUCACAGUACAGCCGAAGGUGUCACAAAUAUACGACCCUUGUGGAAGCCUCUGCCCCAGCCAAGGUGAAAUCCUCAACGACGAUGUUGACGCCGAUGGCGAACUUGAUGCAUUGUGCGUUGACUGCGAAGAAUCAAAAAUGUCGCCAACUAUUUAUAAAUCAUCGAAAAAGAUGUCACCCAAGACGAAGAAGAGCCUACGCGAUCGCGAUGGUAGUCGGAGAAGCGCAGCGGUCACAGCAUCACCCCUAAUGCCAAAGUCGCCUAUUGUCAAACGCGUUGCAUCACGCAAAUCCAGUCAAAGCUCCAAGAGCAACAAGGCCCGAGGGUCAGUCAAAGAGAUGGACUUGUCCGCCACCGACCCCGCCGCCGCCAAUCGCAUGUAUAUCUGCAGCUUCAAAAGGUACGGAUGCGACAGUACAUUCAGUGCCAAAAACGAAUGGAAACGACACAUUUGGUCACAACAUUUGAAAAUCGAUUUCUAUCGUUGCGAUCUCAAGGGUUGCGAUGAUACACACAAGGGACCGAAUGAUUUCAAUCGCAAGGAUCUAUUCAUCCAGCACCUCCGACGAAUGCAUACCCCAUGGCCCGGUAAAGCCCCUCCUUCAUCUGCAGAGAAGAAUGACUUUGAGGGUACGCUUGACGGACAUGCUGUUCGGUGUGUGCACAAGUUACGUGAUCCACCCGCUAGGACGAACUGUGCUGUUUGCGGGAAGGUGUUUAUGGCCUGGCAAGAUCGCAUGGAGCAUAUGAGCAAACAUUAUGAAAAGGACUCACAGUUUGAGGAAGUCAGAGAUCCGGACCUCGAGGCGUGGGCUCAACGUGAAGGUAUACUGACUCCGAGGGGAUCUUCCUCGGAUGCGCUCAUUUUGGCAGAGAACAAGCGUCGUUGA